UUCUUCGUCUUCCCACCCCGUCCCCUGCUCUGCUGCACCCUCCUCUCAGCCAUCUCCUUUCCCUCCCAAGUCCAGGGUUCAACUGGACAGGACGGGACCGGAGUUGCCGAAAGAAAGAGAGAGGAGCUCAGCUCAACAGAGAGAUGGGGACCUCAGUUCAGGUGACGCCACUGUGCGGAGUGUACAACGAGAACCCUCUCUCCUACUUGAUCUCCAUCGACGGCUUCAACUUCUUAGUCGACUGUGGAUGGAACGACCACUUCGACACUUCUCUCCUCCAGCCGCUCUCCAGGGUAGCUUCAAAUAUAGAUGCUGUGUUGCUAUCACAUUCAGACACACUUCACCUUGGGGCUCUUCCCUACGCAAUGAAGCAACUUGGACUUUCUGCUCCAGUGUAUGCUACCGAACCAGUUUUCAGACUGGGCCUCCUCACUAUGUAUGACCAGUAUCUCUCAAGAAAGCAAGUGUCGGAGUUUGAUCUCUUUACCUUAGAUGAUGUUGAUUCUGCUUUCCAGAAUGUAACAAGGCUGACAUAUUCUCAGAAUCAUCACCUGUCUGGUAAAGGAGAGGGGAUUGUAAUUUCUCCCCAUGUCGCUGGCCAUCUCUUGGGAGGUACAAUUUGGAAGAUUACAAAGGAUGGAGAAGAUGUUAUAUACGCUGUGGACUUCAAUCAUCGGAAAGAAAGGCAUUUAAAUGGAACUGCUCUUGAGUCAUUUGUUCGACCUGCUGUUCUAGUUACAGAUGCUUACAAUGCUUUGAACACUCAGCUGCCAACAAAACAAAGGGAGAGGGCUUUUAUUGAUGCCUUAAGGAGGACUCUUGAAGCAGGGGGAAAUGUGUUAAUACCUGUUGAUACUUCUGGAAGAGUACUGGAACUUCUCUUAAUACUGGAAGAGAGUCCUCUGAGUUAUCCCAUCUAUUUUCUAACUUACGUGUCAUCAAGCACAAUCGAAUAUGUGAAGAGUUUCCUAGAGUGGAUGAGUGACAGUAUAGCGAAGUCCUUUGAGCACACAAGAGACAAUGCCUUUCUCCUGAAGCAUAUCACGCUUUUGAUUAACAAGAAUGAACUCGAUAAUGCUCCUGCUGGUCCAAAGGUGGUUCUAGCAUCCAUGGCAAGUUUAGAGGCAGGUUUUUCUCAUGAUAUAUUCGUGGAAUGGGCAACUGAUCCCAGGAAUCUUGUGCUUUUUACUGAAAGAGGCCAGUUUGCAACCUUAGCUCGAAUGCUUCAGGCAGAUCCACCUCCAAAAGCUGUUAAAGUUACUAUGUCUAAGAGGGUUCCCUUGGUUGGCGAUGAGUUACUUGCUUAUGAAGAAGAGCAGAACCGAAUAAAGGAGGAAGCCCUAAAAUCAAGUAUUAUCAAAGAGGAGGAAUCAAAAGCUAUUCGUGCAUCUGAUAAUGCAAGUGACCCGAUGGUUAUUGAUACUGGCAACACAAAUAUUUCAUCAGAAGCGACAGGAUCACAUUGUGGAAAAUAUAGGGACAUAUUGAUCGAUGGAUUUGUGCCACCCCCAACCAGUGUUGCCCCAAUGUUUCCUUUCUAUGAAAAUACCUCUGACUGGGAUGAUUUUGGUGAAGUCAUCAACCCUGAUGAUUAUGUUAUUAAGGAUGAAGACAUGGAUCAAGGAGCUAUGCAUUUGGGCAGCAAUUUGGAUGGAAAACUUGAUGAAGCCUCUGCUAAUUUAAUGCUUGAUACACGGCCUUCAAAAGUUGUAUCGAAUGAACUAACUGUACAAGUGAAAUGUUCAUUGACAUAUAUGGACUUUGAAGGCCGUGCGGAUAGCAGAGCAAUUAAAUCAAUACUCGCUCAUGUGGCCCCAUUGAAGCUUGUUCUGGUUCGUGGUUCAGCUGAGGCCACCGAGCAUUUGAAGCAACACUGCCUGAAACAUGUUUGUCCUCAUGUUUAUGCUCCUCAAAUUGAAGAAACCAUUGAUGUCACCUCAGAUAUGUGUGCUUACAAGGUCCAACUCUCUGAGAAGCUAAUGAGCAAUGUGCUGUUUAAGAAGCUGGGGGAUUAUGAGAUAGCAUGGUUUGAUGCUGAAGUUGGGAAGACGGAAAAUGAAAUGCUGUCCCUACUUCCCCUCUCAAACCCACCGCCACCGCACAAAUCGGUCCUUGUCGGGGAUUUGAAGAUGGCGGAUUUCAAGCAGUAUCUUGCAAGUAAAGGCGUUCAGGUGGAAUUUGCUGGCGGGGCCUUGCGAUGUGGUGAGUAUGUGACCUUGCGAAAGGUUGGGGACGCGAGUCAGAAGGGUGGUUUAUCUGGUACGCAGCAAAUUGUACUGGAAGGGCCUUUAUGCGAGGAUUAUUACAAGAUCCGGGAGUACUUGUAUUCUCAAUACUACUUGCUUUGAGUUGAGAUGUCUCUUGCCAUGUUGUGUAUGACGUGGAUGAAAAUUUAUGUAGUACAAAUUUUUGUGUUACGAGGCCAUCUCAGUUGCUCCUAUUAAAUAAACUUAUCUUUUUAAAUUUCAAA